GUCAUCGUCGCCAGCGGGCCGUUCUCGUGCUCGAGCGAUUUGAAGUACGAGCCAUUGAACGAUAUGUUGGAUUACGUGCGCGAAGAAAAUCCCGACGCGUUGGUUUUGUGUGGCCCGCUCGUGGACGCCGAAAACGCCUUUGUCAAGCGCGCCGAGUGCGGGGGGUUGACGUACGACGAAGUGGCCAAGGUUGUGGUGGAUAAGAUUGAAGACAAGCUCUUCAAGGACGAGACGAUCCGCACGAAAGUGAUCUUCGUCCCGAGCAUCCGCGACGUGACGCUCGAUCCCGUGUUCCCGCAACCCGCGGCGUCGCUCGACGCGUACGUGAGCGCCGACGCGGCGCGCGCCAAGCGCGCGUUCUCCGCCUCGAAUCCCGGGACGUUCACCAUCAACGGCAUCGUGUUUUCCGCGUGCUCGCACGACGUGUUGAAGCAUCUGAGCGCACAAGAAAUCUCCAAGGGAUUCGUGCCCAAAGACCGCCUCGCGCGUCUCGCCAAGCACGUCUUGACGCAAGGCUGCGCGUACCCGCUGUACCCGCCGGACGCGUCGGCGUGCUUGGACGCGCGUUACGGCGAGGAUCUGACGUUUAAGCAAACCCCGGACGUGUUGAUCAUGCCGAGUGACUUGAAAACAUUCGCCGAAGACAUCGACGGCGUCGUGUGCGUCAACCCCGGUCGAUUGGCGCGCGGCGCCGUCGGCGGCGGCUUGGCGAAAAUCGUCGUGCACCCGACGACGGAUGGACAA